AUGCACCAAUCUAGUCAGAUCUUUCAGCAAUAUCAUGAAAGUAGUUUGGUAACACCUCUUGCGCUGUACAGCGGCAGGCGGGAGAGAGGCAAUCAUUACAAAUGUGUGAGUGGAUGUGGCAUGGAUAGUGAAAAGGGGGUGGCCAAGGAAGCAAUGAGAGCAUUGGGAAUCGGCCGUAUUGGCAGUGGAGUAUGGCAAGAGUGGAUAGGUCCAAGGAACACAUCAAAAGAAUGGCAAUGGGGUUGCGGCAGCGAUGUCAAUGAGUGUGCGACGUGGAAGUCACAACACCGUGAUUUAGGAGGGGGCCUUUCUAGAUGA